UCAGCUCUAUUGUUUAAGGAAUUAAAUUUUCUUAAGUUUCCCCAGGGGUGAUAAGGCAUCUAAAAAAGUCUGUUGGUUACUCAAAUGAUCAACUAAGACAGGACAGAAGUAACAAUGAAUCUGUUUGCAACACAGGAUGAUUAUUUUGUUGAUUGGCAUUAAGUGAUGAGGAAUCUGAAUGAAAUGGAAUGAGGUGAAUAUAUUUGAUCAUGGAGGCUGGAAGGAGGCUUAAAAACAUUAAGAAACUGAGGCCUGAUAUAUUAAAUAACUUGCCUAAGGUAACCCCGUGGGAGCCCAAACCUUGAUUGAACCUGGGUUCUUUGAAUCCAAAUUUGGAGGGGGGUGAGUGUCCUAUUCAUUAAGGAUUCUUACUUUUCCAGUUAUCAUUCUCCAUCCUAAGGCAAACAAAGUAAGUACUACCUGUGGAUUCAUCAGAUUUGCUCACAGAAAAAAACCCUUGAUAUGGCUGUGUCACUGGUCGCAAGGCGGAGGUAGCAACCAUUACCUUGGCUGGUCCUUCCUCUCUCUGGCCCCAUUUCCUUACCUGUAAAACCAAAACGAUUAGACAAGAUGAUCUCUAAGGCCCCUCUCAGCUCUCAUGAUCCAGGCCUCUGACAACUUCAUUUUUGUCUAGAUAAUGCAUAAAAGCAUUAAGACAUAUAUACCUUCUCUCUCUAGACAGUGACAAGGACUCCCAGACACAUUCUCAACCUACAAUUCACCUUUUUCAAUAUUUCUUGUCUAGCACCAAAAAGUCUACCUAGGGAGUGUCUUUAUCCUUGCUCUGUAAAAGACAUAAGCUUCCUUGUAUGUGGUUCUCAUCAUCCUGAGAGCCUGUAGAACUGUGAUGUGACCAUGUUCCUGACAGCUCUCAGGGGCCCGCCUGUACAGAUAGGCCACCUGUCUCCCUCAACGCCUUCCUAAUACUUUUAGCAUCUGGCUCCUGCUCAUGUCGCAGCCCGAAAUAAGACUGUGACAUAUGCAAACAUAACUGCUCAGAGUCAGCUGAACCCUUGAGCCGGCAGAGGAACACACAAAGUCAAGGACUACCGCCUAGGACCUGGUUAUACUUUUGAAGCCGAACUAGGGGACCAUCAUUGUUCCUUCUAGCCCCUGAAGACUCUCUCGCCAGACACGAUCUACACAAUCAGAAGCCUUCAAGGAGCAGAAGUUGCUAACAAUGGCCACAGUACAGGAUUUCAUGGGAGCAGCCCCUUCUCUGGACCUGGGCAAGAAGGUGAGCAUUCCUCAGGACCUCAUGGUGGAGGAGUUGUCCCUCCGUUCUAACAGGGGCUCUCUCCUGUUCCAAAAGAGGCAGAAGAGAGUGCAGAGGUUCACCUUUGAGUAUGCAGCCAAGCAGACGCAGAGUUCAGGAGCAGAGUAUAGAGGGCAUGAUUUGGGAACCUCGUCGUCAGCAGGACUACCAGAAGGGCAGGCUACUGCCAGUGACCCAAAUGGGAAGGAGAACUACAGGACGGAGAUCCAAAUCUUUCCUACCCCACCUCUUGGGCCUGAGAUCAGCAAUCAGGAACUACCCCAAGGAAGGGCCCCCAGCCCCAGUGCCCUGGCCUCGGGCUAUUCCAAGCCCCUGACAGGCAUCCCACCAGAGAAGUUCAACCACACAGCGAUUCCCAAAGGUUAUCGGUCCCCAUGGCAAGAGUUCAUUGGCUAUAAGAAUGGAUACAAGGACUAUCACAGGGAGCAGCUAAACCUGACACCCAGGCCCUCAGACUACAGGAGCUUCAACAAGACGCCAGUGCCGUUUGGAGGACCCCUCAUCUCUGAGACAUUCCCCAAAAUGGAUAUACCCUUCAUUCCAAAAGAACCCAUAAGUGGCCUGGAACUCCUCAGCUACAGACCCAGUUUCAACCGAGUAGCCCAAGGCUGGGUACGGUCCCUUCUGGAGUCUGAGGAACUGUAACUUGAUCUUAAUUACUAUAUUCCCAUGGCUUUGCUUCAUUAGCCUGCUAGGCACAGAGAUAUUGCACUAACAUUGGUUACACAUGUCAGUAGUUCUGCCAUUGGUCACAUUCUGAAUUCUGAAUAAGUGAAAUCCUAAUCUACCUCUGAUGUGAGGAUAGGCAUACCCUGGGUCCCACCUUGUUCUCAAAUUGAAGUUCUUAUGGGCCUUGGCAAACUAGGAAAAUGAGAGAAAGAAAUCUAAAUAAAAAGGCUAUUCAAUAACAGCCCACUCUCUGACCUUGUAAUACCUAAGCCUUGACUCACUGCUGUUUUUAAAAACUAGCACACUGACCAAAAAAGAUGUUAUUCUUAUGGCAAAGCAGCUAUCAAAAAUUCUUCUAUACGUAUGUUGUGAGAUGACUAUGGGUGAUUGAUAUGAUAUAAGCCCAAGGGACAAAGGAAAUCUCUCGCUGAUGUAUCAACUUCUUUAAUGGUCAUAUCUGCUAGGUGAACUUCACCUCCUUCUCUCUCUAGCAAGAAGCACUAUUUGUGGUUCAAUGGGAGAGUGGUUUCCAGAGUCUACUUGCAAAGAGAAAAUAGGAAGGGAAGUUCAUUCCUGUGAGUGCUUCUGUGCCUCUGUUGUAUUUUGCUGCAAAGGCUCAGGAAACUUUUUGCUUAGCUCUGCAUUUAAAAAGGCAAAGGUUUUUACCAUGAGGUAGAGACCAACUAUUAAAACACAUGUGACAUGUUGGGGGGAAAAAGGGAGAACGGCUCAUGUGUAACCUUUGCUGAUAUUGAGCUAUCCUAGAAGUGAUAGAACAUAAAAGUUCAUCCACAGUGAAACUGAGACACCAAGUAGCUAGAACUUGGUUCUUAAGUCUGACUUGAGUGUUAUAACUAGAAAAGGGGCAUGAAACACCAAUUUGGUUUUGUGCAACUGAGUGUGCUGCCUUUUGGUUGGUUGGGGCAGUUCACAAUUUAAUGGGAGUGGACAAGUCCUACUGACUCUCUCUGACCUACAGAGCCUCUAACUUUCUUUUUUUUUUUUGUUAAAUCCUUACCUUACAUCUUGGAAUCAAUACUGCGUAUUGGUUCCAAGGCAGAAGAGUGGUAAGGCUAAGUAAUGGGGGUUAAGUGACUUGCCCAGGGUCACACAGCUAGGAAGGCUCUGAGGCCAGAUUUGAACCCAAGACCUCCCAUCUCUAGGCAUGGCUCUCAAUCCACUGGGCUACCCAGCUGCUCCCAGGAGCCUCAAACUUUCAAAAGGAAGAAUCUGAAUUGAGCUCUGAGUUUCUUCUCUACUUCCAGGCUACCAAAAACAGUCUCAUCAGAAAAAAAUCCAAUAUACUAUCCAAACUAAAAUCUUUAUCACUUUAAAGAAAUAAUACUUGAGAGAUUUUAGAUCUACUAAUUACUUAAGAAUAUACCUUUGUCAGAUACUGAUAUUCAGUAAAUUCAGUAAAAAUUAGAUGUUAAUGCAAACCUCAAUUAAUGAAACAAAACCACCCAUGCAACACACCUGACACUCAACUGAGCUUUUUAACCAAAGGCUCUGGAGAGAAAAAAGUCCAUGGUGCUUUCCUUUUAAAAAACCCACUUUUAAACUCAACUAUAAAUUCUGUUCAGACUAAGAGGAAGCUAAUAUUAGCAAGCAGGCUUUAUAAACUGUCACAUUUUGGGAUAUCCUAAGUUUUACCUUAAAAAUGGGGAAAAGAAUCCCUUCCUUACCUUCCUUAUAGUGGUGUUUCAUGAGGAUAAAAUCCGAGCAGAGUUGAAGGUGCCUUGAAAAGUAAGAAAGUGCUAUAUAAAUGCAAAAGGUUACACUAUUUCACUUCAGAAAUGGGUAAUUUUAGGGUCACUUCCAUUAAUCCAAAGACACCAGCCACCAGAGGUGGAAGAAAAUGCUACGGAAAGCUAGAAGUAUGCUCAUGACAACGUUUGGAAAAAUUGGCCCAUUUUAAUUGCUUUUUUAAAAAAUUCUAAAAUUUAGAACAGAUUUCAUUUCCUUUACCUUUUUCACUUGUCUACAAUUCAGUUUACAUCCAAGCAAUAUUUCUAUAAAGAGCAAAGUAAUAAACAGCCUCCUAUGCAGCAGCAGAAAAUUAGAUAGAAACGCAAGAAGGUGCAAGUUAAACAAAGAUCCUUCCAUAAGUCACAGCUCACCCAUACAAACAAAAUAAGUUUUCCCAUUUCACAGUUAGAAAGGUUAUUAACAUCUACCUCAUGAGAGGAGGUAUGAGUUUGCAAUGCAGGCCCCACAGUUUUGUGAAGAGAUUGGUCACUCUGGAGGGUAGGGUCUAAGUACGAGCUUUCUUAAGACUGAAUAGAAGUUUGUUUUGUUUUGUUGGCAGAGUUCCUUUAGCAAGAGGAGGAUAAGGGAGGAAAGAAAGUAUCUAGGGGUAUUCACUUUUCAAAGUUUGACUUUGGGUAAUGGGGAAAUCAUACUUAAUGACUCUCCCUAAUGACUGGUACUAGCAAAAGAAUUAUUUAAAAACAUUGUUGAAUAUUUAUUUCCAACCCAGGUCAAAGUCUGUCAAACCAAAACACACAAA